GGGGCCGGCGUUAUUGCCGUCUUCUCUGUCUCAGCAAUCUUGAGCGUUCGGUGCCUCGUGUCCCACGCCCCGCGCCCCGCGCGCGUGUGGAGCCGGCUGCGAGUCUGCGGGCACCGUCCGGCCGCCGAGGAUGGCCUUGAGCGAGGAGCCGGCCGUGGGCGCCGUGGAGGAUCCGGUGGAGGACCGGGCGGAGGAUGCGGCGGAGGACGCGGCGCUGGCCUGCUGCGCCUCUCUCGAGUCGUUCGGCGAGAGCGCGGAGACGAAGGAGCUGCUCGGCCGCCUACCGGCGGUGCUUGGAGACCGCGCGGCCCGGGAGGGCGCCCUGGAGCGGUUCCGGGCAAUAAUGGACAAAUAUCAGGAGCAGCCUCACCUGUUGGACCCACACCUAGAAUGGAUGAUGAACUUGUUGUUGGAAUUUGUGCGAGAUAAGAAAUCUCCGGCUGACCUCGUACAUCUGGCUUUUAAAUUUCUUUACAUCAUCACCAAGGUUCGAGGAUAUAAAACAUUUCUUCGUUUAUUUCCACACGAAGUAGCUGAUGUGCACCCUGUUUUGGAUAUGUUUACAGAUCAGAAUCCUAAAGACCAUGAAACCUGGGAGACCCGCUACAUUCUCCUCCUGUGGCUCUCCGUGACCUGCCUGAUCCCGUUUGAUUUUUCACGCCUUGACGGCAACCUCCACAAUCAGCCUGGGCAAGAGCGAGUGUCCACCAUGGACCGUAUCCUCCAGAUAGCAGAGUCCUACCUGGUCGUCAGCGACAAGGCCCAAGACGCAGCUGCUGUCCUCGUGUCCAAGUUUGUCACGCGGCCCGACGUUAAGCAGAAGAAGAUGGCGAGUUUCCUGGACUGGAGCCUAUGCACUUUGGCCUGCUCCUCCUUCCAGACCAUCGAGGGGGUCAUCGCCAUGGACGGGAUGCUGCAGGCCCUGGCACAAAUAUUUAAGCAUGGAAAACGUGAAGACUGUUUACCCUACGCUGCCACCGUUCUCCAGUGCCUGGACAACUGCAGGCUCCCCGACAGCAACCAGACCCUGCUCCGGAAGCUUGGGGUGAAGCUUGUGCAGCGGCUGGGCCUGACCUUCCUGAAGCCCCAGGUGGCCAAGUGGAGGUACCAGCGUGGCUGCCGCUCCUUGGUUGCGGGCCUGCAGCUGAGUGUCCAGAGUCCUAGAGAUCCAGGGAUACAGACCGAGACCCCUGACAGCGACGGAGAGGACGACGUCCCCGAGGAGGUGGAGAGCGUGAUAGAGCAGCUGCUGGUUGGGCUGAAGGACAAGGACACGAUUGUGCGGUGGUCUGCGGCCAAAGGAAUCGGUAGGUUGGCUGGAAGACUUCCCAAAGAGCUGGCGGAUGAUGUGGCCGGGUCUGUGCUGGACUGUUUCAGUUUCCAGGAGACAGACAACGCCUGGCAUGGCGGGUGUCUGGCGCUGGCGGAACUGAGCAGACGAGGCCUGUUGCUCCCUUCCCGACUCCCGGACGUUGUCACCGUGAUCCUGAAGGCGCUGACAUACGAGGAGAAGCGGGGCGCCUGCAGCGUGGGCUCCAACGUCAGGGACGCCGCCUGCUAUGUGUGCUGGGCCUUCGCACGGGCCUACGAGCCUCAGGAACUGAAGCCCUUCGUGGCCGCAAUCUCAAGCGCACUGGUGAUCGCUGCCGUGUUUGACCGAGAUGUAAACUGCAGGAGAGCAGCCUCUGCUGCUUUCCAGGAGAACGUGGGAAGACAGGGCACUUUCCCUCACGGGAUUGAUAUUUUGACCACAGCUGACUACUUCACUGUUGGUAACAGAUCUAACUGUUUCCUAGUUAUAAGCACGUUUAUUGCCGGCUUUCCUGAAUACACACAACCAAUGAUAGACCACCUGGUUACCAUGAAGAUAAACCAUUGGGAUGGGGCCAUCAGGGAGCUGUCGGCCAAGGCACUGCGGAACCUGGCUCAGCGAGCACCCGAGCACAGCACCCGUCAUGUUUUCCCGCGUCUGCUGUCGAUGACACAGAGUCCAGACCUACACACUAGGCACGGGGCUGUGCUCGCCUGCGCAGAGGUCACCCACAGCCUGUACACACUGGCCGUGCAACAGGGCAGGCCCAUCUCGGACUUCCUAGACGAGAAGGCCGUGCAGGGCCUGAAGCAGAUCCACCAGCAGCUUUAUGAUCGUCAGUUAUACAGGGGUCUGGGAGGAGAACUCAUGAGACAAGCAGUGUGCAUUUUAAUAGAAAACUUGUCCCUUUCCAAAAUGCCCUUCAGAGGUGACGCUGUGAUCGAUGGUUGGCAGUGGCUGAUAAACGACACCUUGAGAAACCUUCACCUCAUUUCAAGUCACUCUCGGCAACGGAUAAAGGAGGCGGCUGUGUCGGCCCUGGCCGCCCUCUGCAGCGAGUACUACUCUGGGGAGGCGGACUCCACCGCGCAGGAGGAGCUGGUAAAGCAGUAUCUCGCCGAACUUCAGAGCCCCGAGGAGAUGGCUCGCUGUGGCUUCGCCCUGGCCUUGGGUGCCCUGCCGGCCUUUGUCCUGAAGGGCCGGCUCCGGCAGGUUCUAGCAGGCUUGAGGGCUGUUACCCACAUUUCUCCCGAGGACGUGAGCUUUGCCGAGUCCAGGCGGGAUGCUUUGAAGGCAAUUUCUAGGAUUUGCCAGACUGUCGGUGUGCAAGCAGAAGGGACUCCAGACGAGGUUGUGUGCAGAGAGGACGUUGCCCAGGUUUACUGCACGUUGCUGGGCUGUCUGAGCGAUUACACCACCGACAGCCGCGGGGACGUGGGAGCAUGGGUCCGCGAGGCUGCCAUGACGAGUCUUACGGACCUGACUCUUCUGCUGGCAAGGGACCAGCCAGAGCUGAUCGAGGCCCCGGUCUGCCAGCGGGUCAUGUGCUGCUUAGCCCAGCAGGCGAGUGAGAAGAUCGACCGGUUCCGGGCACAUGCAGCCCGUGCGUUCCUGGCGCUGCUGCACUGGGACGGCCCCGCCGUCCCCCACGUGCCCCACCGGCAGGAGCUGGAGAGGCUUUUCCCCAGGUCUGCUGUGGCCUCUGUGAACUGGGGCGCGCCGUCGCAGGCCUUCCCUCGCGUGGCCCGGCUCCUGGGGCUGCCUGCUUACCGCUACCACGUGCUGCUGGGGCUGGCCGUGUCCGUGGGCGGCCUGACCGAGUCCACGGUCAGGUACUCAACACAGGGCCUCUUUGAGUACAUGAAGGGGAUUCAGAACGACCCGCAAGCCCUGGAGGACUUCACUGGGACCCUUCUGCAGGUCUUUGAGGACAGCCUUCUGAACGACAGGGUGUCUGUGCCGCUGCUAAAGAUGCUGGAUCAGAUGCUAGCCAACGGCUGCUUCGCCAUCUUCACCGCCAAGGAGAAGCAGGAAGCUGGGCAGUUGCAGGCUCACCUCCUUUGCCUCCCAGGCCUCAGUGGUCACCAUCCUUUGCAGCCUGCUGUCUACCAUAUCCCAGGUCACCUGGCCAGUGGACGGGAAGAGGGAGCGUGGGGCCACUCAGACCACUGUACUUCAGCCCUCGUCGUAUGGCCAGAAUUGGCCUGGGGCUGCGGCUCCGCAGGAGAGGAGCAUGUUCAUCUCACGGGGACUCAUGCUGGUCGUGGCUCCUCGGCCAAGCAGAGCUGGGGAGGACGCCUCCAGUCCCUCCCUGACCCUCCAAGGACCUGGACCUGGAACCACCCCUUCUGUGUGAAGCUGCUCGCGCUUUGUAAGGAGGAGAUCAAGAAGUCCAAAGACGUCCAGAAACUGAGGUCCAGCAUCGCGGUGUUCUGUGGGCUGGUGCAGUUCCCCGGAGACGUGAGGAGGAAGGUCCUCCUGCAGCUCUUCCUCCUGCUCUGCCACCCUUUCCCCGUGAUCCGGAAGAGCACAGCCAGCCAGGUGUAUGAGAUGGUGCUGACCUACGAUGUGGUGGCUGCGGACAUCCUAGAUGAGGUCAUGGCUGUGCUCAACUGCACGGCCUGGGAUGCAGAGCUCCCGGUCGUGAGAGCCCAGCGGAACCGCCUGUGUGACCUCCUGGGCGUGCCCAGACCUCAGCUCGUCCCCAAGCCCAGUGUCCGCUGAGGCCAGUCCGGGAAGCUGAGUCCUUGCCUCUGCCUGCCUGGGAGGAGGAGCCCGGGCAUGGUCGGCAUGGAAGACCUGGACGGACGGCGGCGGUCUGGCUGGUGCGUGUGAGGGACCUGGAGUUCGUCACCUGGAGGUGGCAUUUCCUUCCAUGCAUCCUGUGCCACAGUGACCUGGGCUGUUGGUGCAUUUGUCCUAUCUCUAACCUGUGUCUUACUUAUAAAAUCACGUGCUGAGCA